UGUUGUUGUUUUAAUUAAUUUUAUUUUUAGUUUUUAAUGUAAUAAAAAAAGUUUUGUUUUCCUACAACAUAUUACAAUAAACAUUAAAUUAUAGUAUAAAUUUUGUAAAUUCCAUAAUUGUUAUGCAAUAAAAACAACAUUCAGUGCCUUAUUCAUUAACAGAAAGUCAAUGUGCCUAAAAAUUAUGCUGCGCCAGCAUAAAAAAAUUCUAUUAUAAACAAAAAAAAUCUAUAUAAAAUCAAAUCGAUCAUAAAAUACCUUAAAAUCCCCCGGGAAUGUUAUAACGAGUGUGUUUAAAAUAAACACAAGCACACACAUCUCAAUGAAAAUGAGUCCAUUUCGCAGCAAAAAACCUAGGGUUUUUCCUGUUAAGGUCAUAACCUUCGAUUCGGAACUUGAAUUCGAAUUAGAACAGAGGGCCAGCGGUCAAGACCUAUUCGAUUUGGUAUGCCGUACCAUAGGUUUGCGCGAAUACUGGUAUUUCGGUUUGCAAUAUGUCGAUACGCGUUGUAAUGUUACUUGGCUGAAAAUGGACAAAAAAGUCAAAGAUCAACGUAUACAAUUGCAACCGAAUGGCUUUUAUGUGUUCAGUUUCUAUGCAAAAUAUUUUCCCGAAAAUGUCAGCGAAGAAUUGAUACAAGAGAUAACACAACAUUUAUUCUUUUUACAAGUUAAACAAAGUAUACUCUCAAUGGAUAUUUAUUGUCGUCCAGAAGCUUCUGUUCUGCUGGCAUCGUAUGCUGUUCACGUACAAUAUGGGCCAUAUGAUUCGGAAACAUAUAAGGAUGGUAUGUUGCAGGGUGUGGAUUUAUUGCCGAAAGGUGUUACGGAUCAGUAUCAGAUGACACCAAAAAUGUGGGAGGAACGUAUAAAAACUUGGUAUAUGGAUCAUGAACCAAUGACAAGAGAUGAAGUUGAAAUGGAAUACUUGAAAAUUGCACAAGACCUAGAUAUGUACGGUGUCAAUUAUUUCCCCAUUACAAAUAAAAAUAAAACAAAACUUUGGCUGGGUGUAACUGCAGUAGGACUCAACAUUUACGAUUAUCACAAUAAAUUAACGCCGAAAACGACAUUCCAAUGGAAUGAAAUACGACAUGUUAGUUUUGAUGAUAAAAAAUUUACUAUACGCCUAGUGGAUGCAAAAGUAUCAAGUUUUAUAUUUUAUUCCCAAGAUUUACACAUAAAUAAAAUGAUAUUGGAUCUUUGUAAGGGCAAUCAUGAUUUAUAUAUGAGACGUCGUAAGCCUGAUACAAUGGAAAUACAACAAAUGAAAGCUCAAGCCAAGGAGGAAAAACAACGCAGACAAAUAGAACGUACAAAAUUUUUAAGAGAGAAAAAAUUGCGAGAAAAAGCAGAACAGGAUCGUUAUGAAUUGGAAAGUCGUUUGGAACGUUUACAGGAAGACAUGCGCAUGGCUAGUGAUGCUUUGCGCCGUUCUGAGGAAACUAAAGAAUUGUACUUUGAAAAAAGUCGUGUCAAUGAAGAGCAAAUGCAAUUGACAGAAUGCAAAGCGAAUCAUUUUAAGAGUGAAAUGGAUAGAUUGCGUGAACGUCAAAUGAAAAUUGAACGUGAAAAAAUGGAGCUUGAAAAGAAAAUACGCGAUGCCGAUUUCUAUGUACAUCAGCUCACAGUGGAGAAGGAUAAACGUGAAGCCGAAGCUGAAAAGCUUAAAAAAGAACUUAUUUGUGCCAAACUAGCAGAACGGGAAGCCACGGCACGUCUGCUAAAUUUCCUAAAUCGUGGUCGCAAAAACUCACAAGACAGUAUGCUGCCACCUAACAUAACCGUCAAUUCUUCCUCGAGUUCCAGUAAUAAUAUUGCAGCCUCUGUUAGCACACCGUCUCUGACAAAUAGCAAUUCUACUGCCGAUAUUAAUGAAUCGACCGGAGGUGUUGAGUUAACCACAAAUGAUUUAAAUAACUUAAAUCAGGUCGUAGGUGGAGGUUUAGGUGUAGGCGUAGUUGUAAAUGAGGUAGCAGACGAUGACUCUGAAAAUGAUGAUUUCGAAACGAAAGAAUUUAUUUUAACCGACAGCGAAAUGGAGCAAAUCACUAACGAAAUCGAACGAAGUCGUCUAGAGUAUUUGAAAAAACACAAACAAGUACAGAACCAACUACAAACAUUAAGAUCCGAAAUUGAGCUCCUUAAAAUCGAGGAAAAUCAAACUAAUCUCGAUAUUCUAAGUGAGGCCCAAUUAAAAGCCGGUGAAACGAAAUAUUCCACCUUGAAGAAAUUAAAAUCUGGUUCUACUAAGGCACGUGUGGCUUUCUUUGAAGAAUUGUAAAUUGUUGGGUUUCUCAAGUGCUUUUUGUUUUAUUAUUUUUUUUAUUAUUAUUACAUACAUAUAAUAUUAUGCAUAUCGAAUGUAAAAGGGAGCUGGUGCUCUUUUUGACAAAACUACUAAAAAUCACACACACAAAUGUAUACCAUAAUUUUUAAGCCUGUGUUGCAUCACAAAAACAUUAAUACUACAUAGUACAUAGGAAGUUUAUACAUAAAAUUGUAAACAAAAUAUUGUUUAUUUUAAAUUUUAAUGAUAUUUAUAGAGAUUAAGGAAAAAUAAAAAAAA